AUGGAACUUUUAGAAGUUGCAAAUUAUCAAAGAGUUAAACCAAAAUCUCAAACACCAGAUCAAAUAAGAUAUUUAAUAAAAACAUGUGCUAUAAAUCCUCCCACUAGACUUUUUGGCAUACAACGUUUAUUUAAAUCUCUCCAAGUAACAAACAAUGAAUUUUUUCAUUAUCAUAAUUUAAAAGUACAAAAUAAUCCAAUAAAAGUUUCUGGACGUGUAUUGGAGUCACCUAAAAUUGUUUAUGCUAAUAAUCGCUAUGUUAAUACUAAAAUUGAUAAUAAAUCAUGA